AUGAGAAUCCAUACCAUGCAGCGAUCAAUACCACGGCUGAGUCCCUGGCUCGUCCUGGUAUGCGCCGCGUCUGGCACAUGGGCAGCUAAGCGGGCGUUCAGCAUCAAUGAUGACCUGCUGGCCUUUCCUCAGUACGAAGUGAUUUUCCCACGCGAGUACAUCCUCGAUGACCAGGCCGAAGAACUACUGCAGUGGCAGGACGAAUACGACCUAUCUGGCGGCAACCCGUCCACCCAAAACCCGCAGGUCUAUCUGGGCAAGGACGCCGCCAACCCGGAGAGAACAGACGAGCGGGAUAGACCGAUGUACACCUACGAAGAAAUGAUUCUCGACGACCGGCGCCUACUCUGCCAAAUCCCCCAUGUCAAGCAGGACGACCCGAACGCGACGGCUGCCGCACAAGGCGACACCAAAGCCGAAGAACAGAAAGAACUGGCUCGGGCGACCGACCGCGGUCUCGAACUCCUCCGUGAGAUGGAAGGCAGAUGCCUGUAUUACUUCUCCGGGUGGUGGUCCUAUUCCUUUUGCUAUCGCAAACAAAUCAAGCAAUUCCAUGCUCUCCCUGCCGGGCGUGGGACACCACCCUAUCCACCGGUUGAGGAUACAAACGCGCUCUCCUUUAUCCUGGGGAGGUUCCCCAGCGACGACGCGGAGAUGGAUGGAGAGACAGAACACAAGCCGGCCAAACCCGACGUGGCGGAGCUGCACACCAAGGGAGGAUCACGGUAUCUGGUCCAGCACCUUCGUGGCGGAACCAAAUGCGACUUGACUGGGCGCGAUCGCCGAGUCGAGGUACAGUUCCACUGCCAUCCUCAGGGAACAGACCAAAUCGGCUGGAUCAAGGAGCUUACUACUUGCUCGUAUCUGAUGCAGGACGAGGUACACAACAUCGAAUGCCGUGAGAUUCUUAUGCCCGAUGAGGUUGAAGAAUGGGCGGCUGCGAAAGGCUGGUAUACUGCCCAGGGUCUAGCUGCCGCCGCCGCCGAAGCCGCCGCCGAUUUAUCUGGCAUCCAGACCGUAGGCGGGAUCGAAGUCGGCGGCCAGAAGCUAGUAGGGAUGGCGGGUAAGGAGAUUGAGAAGGGACGCGUGGCCUCGGCCGGCGAGGAGCGGGUCGAGCUGAUUGGGAAGCGCCAGGAUGGCGAGGAGUGGUGGCUCUCCAAGCAGGACUUGAAAAAGUAUGAUCUCGACCAGGACGGACUCGAGAACAUGAAGCAGCGGGUCGAGCAGAUUGCCAAAGGGCGAGACUGGACGCUGGAGGCGGUCGAGGUCAACGGGGAUAUUCAAUACCGCGUGUUUGUUGACAAGAAGGAAGACCAGGACAGCCAGGGGGAAGAAGACGGGGAUAAGCCUGCUCAGAAACCAGCCCAGGACGAGCCCCGGACGCCGGAGACCAAUUCGGAGCGUCCACAGCCGUUGGAUCAAGGCCAGACGGAGGACCAGGAAGAGGGCAGUAAAGAGAUUUUCAAAGACGAGCUGUGA